AUGCUUUUCGCGCUCCUUGCAGUCCUUACCGCUUCGGCGCUUGCUUCACCUCUUUCCUUGGCCGACACACAGCUGCAAGCGCGCGACGCGCCCUGUACGGGUGGUGUUGAGGGGCCCUUCCUUGAGACCAACUUCCCCGAUCCAUCAUUAACGAAUGUUGACGGGACGUGGUUCAGUUUCGCGACGUGGAACGGGAAGGACUUUCGCGGUGCCGAGAGCAAGAACUUCACUGACUGGAAGCGUUUCGAAAGUGGGAAAUUGCUAGCCAUUGAGGAGGCGACAUGGGCGAAUGCGAAUAGGAUGUGGGCGCCGGACGUGAUGCGGAGAGCACAUGAUGGCAAAUACGUCAUGUACUUCACUGCAGAUGAUAAACAGAAGGAGGGGUCGCAGUGCAUUGGAGCUGCCAUCAGUGACAAGAUCCAUGGGCUGUACCAUCCCGUGAACGACUUCGUACAGUGUAAUCGCUCGUCGCAUGGUGUUAUUGAUCCUGCAUGGUUCAAAGACACAGAUGGUCGGCAGUACAUUGUAUACAAAGCUGAGAACCCGUCCGGUCGGCUGGAGAUCAGAGAGGUAGCACAUUCGGGCCCUAAGGAAGGUGUUCAAUGGAUUGGCAAUGCCGUAUACCUUCUCAAACCCCGAGACCAAGGCUUCUGGGAUGGACAAAACAUGGAAGCACCGUACAUUUUCAAGCGCAAUGGCAUCUACUUCCUCACAUACAGCACGCACUGGACAAACAACGAGACCUACGACGUACAAUACGCCACAUCAAAGAAUAUCAUGGGACCCUACACAAGAGUGAAAGAGCCACUUGUUAGUAGUGGCAAGAAAUUUGGCUGCGAAUUGGCAGGGCCAGGUGGCGCCAGCUUCCAGCGAUUCGGCAACGCGAAUAAGUUGAGGAUGGUGUUCCACGCGUUAGGUCCGGAGCGCAGAGUCCAGCAGCGGCCAUUCUAUACGGCUACUGUCCAUGUGAACGGAGAAAAGCUUGAAAUCAAGCCUUGAUUUCUGGAGCGUAGAAUGUACAGCGUCGUUAGCCAAGUACUAUGUAUAGGAAGGGAACGGAUAUUCUUGAUAGUCAAUAGU